CAAAUCCUGGGGCAAUAGUAUUGAAACCCUAAUUACCACAACGUUCAAUUUUCUGAUACCACACUAUAAAUCGCUCCCCGACUAAAUCUUAGGGCUUCUCAUUGAUAUUAUCUAGAAACUGUAAAUCACUAAAUUAUUUCUUGAGGAUUAUUGUUGUUUCGAGCUUCGGUACAUUCAAUCUGCCACCGAUGGAUGCUCAGAGGGCUUUGCUUGAUGAACUCAUGGGCUCAGCGCGUAAUUUGACGGAAGAAGAGAGAAGAGGGUACCGGGAAAUUAAGUGGGACGAUAAGGAAGUUUGUGGAUGCUACAUGGUUCGAUUUUGCCCCCAUGAUUUGUUUGUAAACACUCGGAGUGAUCUAGGGGUGUGCCCAAAAAUUCAUGAUCCAAAGUUGAAGGAAAGUUUUGAGAAGUCCCCCAGACAUGAUUCAUAUGUCCCCAAGUUUGAAGCUGAACUAGCUCACUUCUGUGAAAAGCUGGUUUCAGAUUUAGAUCGAAGAGUGAGGCGUGGUCGUGAACGCCUUGCACAGGAGGUUGAGGUCCCCCCCCCUCCUCCUAUUUCAGCUGAAAAAUCUGAGCAGUUGGCAGUGCUGGAAGAGAAGAUAAAGAACCUGCUGGAACAAGUUGAGUCUCUUGGUGAAGCAGGAAAGGUUGACGAAGCUGAGGCACUUAUGAGAAAGGUGGAAAUGCUUAAUAUUGAGAAGACAGCCUUGACUCAGCAACCGCAGCAGGAUAAACUAUUGAUGGUUGCACAGGAGAAAAAAAUGGCAUUAUGUGAAAUAUGUGGUUCCUUUCUAGUGGCAAAUGAUGCUGCAGAGAGAACUCAGUCGCAUGUUACCGGCAAGCAGCACAUGGGUUAUGGAAUGGUCCGUGACUUCCUCUCUGAGUAUAAGGAAGCAAAGGAGAAGGCUAGAGAAGAAGAGAGACUGGCUAGGGAGAAAGAAGCAGAGGAGCGAAGAAAGCUACGGGAAAAAGAAUAUGAGAGCAGACGCCGAAGAAGUGACUCUACUGACAGGGACAGGUAUCGUGAUAGGGAUAAUGACAGGGAGAGGGACAGAUACCGAGAACGGGAUCGUGACCAUGAGAGAUCUCGUGAAAGAAAUGGUAGAGGAAGCCGGGAAGGGGGAAGAGGAUCAGAUAGGAAGAACAGCAGUUCGAGUAACGGAAGAGAAGGCAGUAGGGAUAGAUACCGAGAACGUGACAGAAGCAGGUCACGUUCUCCCCUCAGGCAUGGUCGCAGAAGGUCAUCCAGGAGUCCAGGUCGUCCACAUUAGAGGAUUGUAUAAAAAUUUCUGAAUUCUGAAGAGGUAGACACUUUAUAAACCACCAAAGUUUAAUGUGUGUGAAUUGGAGGCUUAAGUUCUGUUGUCACUAUGAGUAAACGUGUUUUCUGUUCUCACAGCUCUAUGAGACUGUACCAUCUCCCUAUCAACAAUAUAAUUAGAGGAGAAAAGGUUGAGGUAGGUACAAUUUCAUUGGCGUAACUCUUUUAUUCAAGUUUCGGUUGACUGUUUGAUGCUUUACAAGUGAUUUUGUCCUCAAGCCAGUGCUUUUCACCAUUCUACCAGUUUGCUUUUCUUGUUUUUGGCUUGGUUUAUUCAGAGUUUCUGGCAAAUCUGUGUCCCUUCUCAUAGGUAACUCAGGUAAUGCAAUGUGAUUUAUUUCUUGUGAUUGUUGCUCACAAAUAAGAUCUCAUGUAGAUCUGCUGUUGCACUUAUGUGAAGCUCUUGGACUGCUGGGGUAAAUCUUUCUUACCUGAUUUGUAUUUCAUCCCUCAUUAGCACCAGAUUUGAAUAGUUGAAGUAUGAAAGCAUCAUUACUAUCCAUACUGGUAGUGUUGCUAGUUUGUCCCUGGAACAAAUCAUAGGUAAAAAUUAAUGCUGUGGUUUGAUUAGACUAGGAAUCCAAUUUUUUCCUUCCUCUGGUCUUAAAGCGUAUCGAUAAUAUAUUAGCCUUCUCCAUAGUUAUGAGGAUUACUCUGUAUGUAUUCCUUGAAGCUAUAUUCAGGUCACUGGUGUGAAGUGUGCACACCAUGUUGAAAAUUUUAGAAAAUGAAACUCCAUUCUGCACAAGGCCGUUUUUCAAGAUUAUGCAAGGAUGUCCAGGACUGCAUUGGAUUUCCUAUGGUAACUCUCUGUUUUCUUGUACGGUGAAAUUUGUUGCUCACUAUAACAGAACAUGUGCGAACGAGUUGAUGGAACUUCUGUUUGUCGUGGAGUCACAUUGACUACCAGCAUAGUUGCAAAAUUGUCUUGGCACAAUUUGGCUUGGUGAUGCGUUGUUUAGAGUGCUAUGGUUGAUAAAAUGGUUAGUACAUAGAUUGGAAGGACUUGCCAAGCACAGGUGCUCUGCUUUCAGCUCAAAGUAGUAGUGAUAUUAUGGGUGAUGAUCAUCCAAUGUUCAAUGUAUAUCAGAAGGCAGAUCCAAGCGCUAGCUUACAUGAAUUAUUACUGUGUCUCUUUAAGGGUGUUCAAUUUUGUAACUGGAGUUCAGUUUGAUCAUAUUUACCUCCUACACAGGAUAUAAAGCUACACGGUGCAAUUAAGUUUUGUUUGUAACCAAACAGAAAAUGGAUGUAUUUUAUCUUACAGAUGGAAAGAAUAGAGAGGUUUAUAGAGAAA